GGCAGGCAUGCGCUGAGCUGGCAGAGCAGGGGCCAGUCCGCUGCGUGCGGGGAGACGGAGGGAGACACGGGCUGGCUCGGCUCCGGCUGCUGUCUGCGAUCGGGCGGCCGCGGGGAGACCACCGUACCAUUCGCGUCUCCUGACGGCGGAGGAGAAAGAAACGACGGAGUGCGAGAGGCAGACAGGCCAAGGAGGACAACGGCAUCGGAACGGGUUUGCAUCACGAUACGAGGACAAGGACGGGAGAGGGGGUCUCCCUUCGGCACCUCCGCGCUCCGUGUCGCUCAGCACACCCCUCACUCUGCCAAGGCGCCCACCUUCCGCAAAAGCCACUUGACGAGCGUCGCAAACGAGCGAUGCGCCGUGAGCCACAGCCGAAAUUCCCGAGUAACUCUCACAGUAUAACUACCGGUGAUUUUCCUAUUGCAAAUCAGUAACUGUGUCAGAACUACAGUCACCGUGCACCUCGAACGGGUUUCUGGAGGCAGGAGAACCGUCUCAUUCUCUGGAAACUGACAACAAUUAAUUUAAUUCUUGUUCUUCGACUGGAGAAAGCGCCGCACCGCUUUACUCUACUAUUCCUUUCAUACUCCGUUUAUUUUGUAAGUGCUACAUUAGAUUUUCUGGUGACAAUGGCCGGGCGAUCGCCUGCCUCAAUCAGCACCUAAUUGAAGCCAUCGGUAUCUACGCCGUUUCUCUGACUGUAGCGGACGUCCGAAAACCGCGAUAAAAAGCAGGAGCGUCUCCACCAGGACAAGUGGAAAUUUCAGGCGGGCUGAACGAAACUUCCCCAAAAAGGAAAAAGAAGUAUAAAAAAGUCGUUCGUUGGCUUUUAAAGGUUGGACGCAGUCGGGUGGCCAUGCUUUCCCUGGAUGAGCCGCUGGACCUGAAGCUCCCACGCGGGCGGGUCAAUGGGCGGGACCGACCGGCCAGGGCCCCGCCCACCCUCGCUGCCUCCCUGCUGCAGGCCAAGCGCGCUCAGCAGCUGCGCAUGGCUGACGAUGGGACAGCGGUCAUUGUUCCCGCCUCACCAGCUUCUCCCCACACAGGUGUGCCCGCAGCCCCUCAGGAGAAGCCCGAGGCCCGGACUCCCCCAGCUGUGGACCUGAGUGUGUCGCCCCCCUCCUGCAACACCCCCUCACCCCAGGGGCAGUGCAAUGGAAACGGUUCUGGCUCCUUCUUCCUUGGGGACUCCGCCCACAUGCGUUUCCUGGAGGGCAGGCCUUCUUCGCAGACCUACCAGUUCUUCCUGCCUAUUGGCUCAGGGGGCGGGCUUCACCUGCAGUCCUCCAUGUUCAUUGGCCAGCAGAAGGAGAAGCUGGCUUCUCCUGAUCUCUCAGCAGACGAGCAGCUGGCCUGUCACUGGAAAAAAUGCCACCUUUCAUUCAGCUCCCUGCAGGACCUGGUGGACCACGUCAAUGACUUCCACGUCAAGCCCGAGAAGGACUCCGGCUAUUGCUGCCACUGGGAGGGUUGUGCACGCAAAGGGCGUGGCUUCAACGCCAGGUACAAGAUGCUGAUCCACAUCCGCACCCACACCAACGAGAAGCCCCACCGCUGCCCCACCUGUAACAAGAGCUUCUCACGCCUGGAGAACCUCAAAAUCCACAACCGCUCACACACGGGAGAGAAGCCCUACAUUUGCCCGUAUGAGGGCUGCAACAAGCGCUACUCCAACUCGAGUGACCGCUUCAAGCACACGCGCACGCACUACGUGGACAAGCCCUACUACUGCAAGAUGGCCGGCUGCCUGAAGCGCUACACGGACCCCAGCUCCCUGCGCAAGCACAUCAAGGCCCACGGGCACUUCGUGGCGUCGGAAUCGCCGCCUCCGCCUGGCAGUGUGGUGAAGGCGGGGGGGGGGACUGGGGCGGUGGGCGGCGCCGGAAAUGAGGUGGAGCUGCCUUACGUCAGCGGCGGCCACAUCAUCAUCCCGGGGCACGGGGCUCUCUUGGGGGGCCACACACUGCGGGGCCUGAGUGCCGCAGUGCCACUGUCGCCCCUGAGCCCCCAUCCCCUGGACCUGAGCGCAGUGGGCUGCCCUGGAUCGCCCCCCCCGGGGCUGGCCGGGGCCCCCAUCUUCUCCCUGAACGGCUCUCCGUUGAGCCUGGCUAAGUCGCCACUCCUGUCCUCUGCGUUCUCCUCCUCGGCACUAGGCCUGCCCAUGGUGUCCCUGCUGGGCCCAGACCGCAGAGGCCCCAGCCGACAGGGCAAGGGCAAAUCCCGAGGCGGGGGGGCCGAGUGCAAUGGGCUGCCAGGGGCAGUGCUCAACCUCUCCACGGGCACCGGCCACGAGCCGCUCUCCCCAGGCUGGGUCGUCAUCCCGUCCGGGCCGGUGGUGCUGAAGCCAGCUGUGGUUAACUGACACAUUCAUUCCAGUAAAGGUCACUGGGGGGA